UGGGGAUAAUUUAAUUACAAUUAUUAAACACACAAAUGGGCUUAAGAAGAGAAUUAGGUGUUUGACCCAAAAUAUUUAGAAUAAAUUCUUUGCCAAAAGUCUUCAUAUUUUAUUUUAUUUUCCGUCUUUAGAGAAAAAAACAGAGUUGUGCUGUUAAACGAAAAAAUGUCCUCCAGCGGCGGCGUCACGGUGGCGGACGGUGGUCCGCAGAUGUACUUCUGCCAUCAAUGCGAGCGCACCGCCACAAUUGCCCCCUCCCCGGGCGGCGAAAUCCUUUGCCCCUCUUGUAACUCCGGUUUCGUCGAAGAAUUCCAAAACCCUAGCCCUGAUCCUAGAAUACCCGACCCUUUCUACCUCCUCCUCUCCCAAUUCCUCCCCCCCGCCUCCGCAAACCUCAACCCUAACCCUACGCGGAGGACGGCGCCGACCGGGGUGUCUGCGCACGGAGCCGACGCUUUCGACCCGAUGUCGUACUUUAUGAACUUUCUAGCCAACAGCCGCGCCAGCGGAAUUGACUACCAGUUUGUGAUCGAGGACAACCCGUCGGAUUCCGGUUUUGCUCUGCCGGCGAAUAUUGGCGACUAUUUUGUGGGGCCCGGAUACGAGCAGUUGAUUCAGCAGUUGGCUGAUAAUGAUCCGAAUCGGUACGGUACACCUCCUGCUGCCAAGUCUGCCGUCGAGGCGCUGCCGAGCAUUACCGUUGACGAGGCUUUGAUGAAAUCCGACUGG